GACGUCGCCGCCGGUUCCGGCGCGGGCGGCGUCCUUGCGGCAAUGCUCUUCACGAGAGGCCCCGACGGCAGGCCCCUCUUCUCCGCCGAGGAGGCACUCCGCUUCCUCGCCGAGAAUCGCCGGGGAAUUUCAGCUCCGAGCGAAAAAGGAAUCUUUAGAGGAGUAUUCCGUCAUAAAUCGGACGGAAUAUUCCGUCGUCUGUUUAAAGACUCGACGCUGAGAGAUACAUUGAAGCCUGUGUUAGUACCGUGCUACGAUCUGAAGACGGGAGCGCCGUUCGUUUUCUCGAGAGCCGACGCGGUGGAGGCGUCGGCGGUGGGGAUGAGAUCGGUCGACGGAAAGACGUCGAUCGUGGCCGUCGGCGGAGGAGUGGCGAUGGCGAACCCGACCUCGGCGGCGAUCACGCACGUGCUCAAUAACAAGCAGGAGUUUCCGUUUGCUAACGGAGUUGAGGAUAUUUUGGUGGUCUCGUUGGGCAACGGAGAUUUCGACACCGUCAGAUGCCGUAACGGAUCGUCAACGCCGUCAAGGGCGGAGCUGGUGAAGAUCGCGGGGAGCGCAUCCGCUGAUUUGGUGGAUCAAGCGGUCGCGAUGGCAUUUGGUGCCCACAGGACGAGCAAUUACGUUCGCAUCCAGGCCAACGCAGAGGACAUGCUCUCUCAUCGCAACAUCGAAUCGGUACUAUUUCGAGGAAAGAAAAUCUCAGAACAAAGCGAUGCCGAUAAGCUCGAAACGUUUGCUGAGCAACUAAUAAAAGAGCAGCAGCGAAGGAAAUCGAGCUCGAUUCCUACGGUCUUCAUCAAGCAAGCUGCAAUGACACCGAGAUCGUCUUCAGCUACGAUCUCUACUGUGACCACGGCCAUUACCUCAUCGUCGGUAGACAGUGACUGAAAAUGCUAAGGGUGGUGUUGAUUUGUAAAUAGUGAAAACGGGUAGGAUUUGAAAGAGCUACUGAUUAAUUAUUAUGUGGCACUUUGGGGAUGGAGCAAUUUGCAUCGAUCAAUUGCGAUGGGCAUUUAAAUUUAAUUAGGACGGGGAGUGGCUACUGACCAAUCGAGUUGUUGUUGGUUUUAAAAUGAUGAGAGUUUAUGUUUAUUAUUUUAGAUAUAUAUGACUGUAACUUUUUUUUUUU